ACAACAUUAAAAUCAUUAUUUUGAGUGCAUUUUUCUUGCAGGAAAAAUUACUUGAAAUCAAAGACUAUCCAUAUGCCAAGCAGAGACCAGCAUGCCUUCUGGAAAAAUAUGACAGUGAAGGUAUCUGGGACCCUGAGAAAUGGCACGCAUCCUUGUACCCCAGCUCGGGCAGGAGUUCACCAUCAGAUGGGACAAAGAAGGAUUAUUCUUCAGAUCUGGACAGGGCAGUUCUCAAGCGGAGAAUGGCAGAUCCACGUGAGAGAAUCAAAGAAGAAGAUAUUGAUGUUGUGCUCAGUCCACAGCGCCGGAGCUUUGGUGGAGGCUGUCAUGUGAUUAGUACUUCGAACUCCCGGAGAUCUGGAAGCCCACUAGAAAAUAAAGAAAAUGAAAAUUCCCGUGGAUUGGGGGCCCAGCGGCGAAUUGGCAGUGGACGGAUAAUUGCGUCAAGAACCUUUGAUCGAGAUGGCCGAGACAAAGACAGAGAUGUGCGCGAAGGGAGAGAUUACAAGGAAAAACGCUUCCGGAGGGAGUAUGGUGAUGGCAAACGCGUCUUUGGUGAGCGAAGACGAUGUGAUUCAUACACUGAGGAGGAACCAGAAUGGUUCUCUGCUGGGCCCACCAGUCAGUCAGAAACGAUUGAGCUGACUGGCUUCGAUGAUAAAGUACUAUUGGAGGAUCCAAGGCGGCCAAAGCGGUGGAGGAAACGAUCAGAUAUCCUUAAAGAAGGUGCAGAAUGCAAUGGUGGUGGUCAAGAGACAGAUACAUCAUCCGCAGUUCCUGCAACAGAAGCUGACCAAGAAGUUCCUCAGGAGGCAGUUCUACCAGAGCAAACACCAGGGGAUUUUGACUUCAAUGAGUUCUUCAAUAUGGAAAAGAGCGUACCUGGACUGGCUUUGAUGAUCGAAGAGGUGCUGGGUGAAGGAUCAGUAUCAUCCAGCCGGUUCAGCCAGUGGUUCUCUAGUAACGUGAGUCGACCAGGUAGCCGAUCCAGUAGUUUACGAUCUACUCCACAUGAAGAACUUGAAAGACUUGCUGGUCUGGAACAGAGGAUCCCAACACCUGUUUCACAACUUGGUAACUACUUUGCUCCCAUUCAGUCAAGAGAAGAUAAUAAGGAGGUUAAUAAAAAGGUUGAUAUUCUAGAGAUUCUGCGAAAAGCAAAUGUGGAUGUGAAACCACUGCUAUCCAAUCUCACAGCCAAUAAGGAGAAGCUGAAGGAGAGUUCACAGACUGGAGUGGUGUUAUCUGUGGAAGAAGUGGAGGCAGGUCUGAAGGGUCUCAAAGUGGAACCAGAAAGGAAACUUGCCACUCCAUUCAUGGUUGAACAUCUGGAACAGACUUUGACCUCUUCUUCAGGUUCCAAGCCAGCUCAAAGAGACAUGGACAUGACUGCUUUCAAUAAAUUGGUUAACACUAUGAAGGCAAGUGGGACUCUGCCUUCACAACCAAAACCCCCUGAGAUUCUACCACCCCAUGUAAUGGGGCCUCCAUCACCAGAUAUUCUAGGUGACCUGCUUGGCAACCAGAAUCAUUCUACAUCAACCUCCCUAAAUCAGCGAGGCCACUCCUCUCCAAUACCAACAUUCCAGCAGCCAUCCCCAUCAGAGUUCUUCAGAGUCAAGUCACCAAUUGGUUAUGCUCCACAUAUCCGCGAUCACUUCCAAGGAUUACCGUUGCCCAAAAACAUAUCACCUAUUCCAGCUUCACAGGCUGUUAGCCCAUCCCAACUGGAUAUGCGACCGGGUGCCAUGGAUGGCCUUCCCUUUGCACAAGAUUUGCACAUGCCAGGUGGAGAUGUUUACCAACCUGGAUAUGGGAAGAUGCAUCAUGAUCACAGGGAUGGCUAUAGGGUCAGGCAGCAGCGAAUUAGCCGAUCACCUGGGCCAGCCAGUCAACACCGACUCAAUGCAGCAUCACCAUCACAAGCUUCCUCAUUUACAAACAUGCUUUCUCCAUCAUUCACCCCUACCUCAGUAAUCCGGAAGAUGUUUGAAAGCAAAGACAAGAGCAAAGAUGGAAAAGAGAAUCGUCCUGUGAAAGACUGUGCAGAGGAUGGGCCCCUAAUAGAAGAUCAUCUGUCUUCUGGCUCUCCAAUGGAAAACACUGACCGAGGGGCAUCUCCAGUCGGAGGGACAAGAUCGACUUACCACAGAUCAGCUUGUACGACUCCCCAGUUAAACCAGAUGCGUUUCACCAAAGACCAAGACUACAGGCCCAGAUCCACAGGAAGGAAAACACCUACCAGAGCUUCUCCAGUUCCUGGAUCCCCUUUUCCAAGGCCCAUUUGUCCUGUGCCCAUUAUGUCACAUGUUCCACUUGUGCGCCAGUCUCCUCCUCACUUACCACCCGGUCUAGUCCAGAGAAUGCUGGCACAAGGAGUGUCACCACAACAGUUACAUCCAGCACUUCUACAUACAGGUAUGUUUCCAUCAGGCAUGGAUCUGUCACAUUUGCAAAGCCUCCCCCCAACACUGCUUGGGCAGACAUUCUACCCUCUUCCAACAAGUGGUCUUCCUCUUCUAAAUCCUCGUGCUACACUCUCCACAACACAAAUUCAGGCUUCUGCAACACCCUUGCAGCACCUGGCCAUGAUCAGACAAGUGUUGCAGUCUCCCAGUGCAGGUGGCCAAGGCCCCGGAGCCCACCUGCAUCUGAACCAGCAGAAUUCCAACCUGCGACCCCUGCAUCAUAGAAGUGGAUCUCCAGUUAAUCUUUCUAAGUGGUUUGGCAAUGAUGUUCUUCAGCAACCAUUACCAUCUAUGCCGAGCAAAGUAAUAAGUGUGGAUGAACUUGAGCUCCAUCAAUAGUAUGUCAUGUAACACAUUUGGCGCAACAGUUUUACAAAGGUACCUGCAGGUGUCCAAGCAUGGGGGUGUCCUUGAAUUAUUUUUGUUACCCCAGUAUUUCUUGAUCCCUAUUUUGACUUUGCGACUGACCACACGUUCACGACUACUUGAAUACUGCCACCUGGGGUUAUAACUCAACUGUGCCAGUGAAACAACAGGGCAGCAAGGUCUGUGGGGCAAAUGCCUGCAUUACAGAUUGGAUACUUUUAAGAGAACCCAAUGAGCACUUCACUUUCCAGUGAAAAUGCAACCAAAAAGGGUUUUCGGGGAUUUUACAAACCAUAUAAGCCGCCAUAAAAAUUGUAUAGACCCUUGUGUACAGAAACUCGUGUAAAAUAACACUGCUUACAUCUGUACAUAAGCAUCUGCAGUGGCUGACUAUGUAUAUAAAUGCUGCUGGAAGGACAAAUGCAAUGACACUUGUGCUCCAGUUUUGCUGAAAUAUAUUUUGUAAGGUUUUUGUUUUUUCUUUUUGCAGCAUGAAAGAUUGUGGGAAUUUUAAUUUCCAAUGCACUACGUGGUUCCUAAGUCUGGUAGUUGCCAGUAGGUAGGAACUAAGCAAGCAUCGCUGUACCUGGGAGUGUUUGUUUGUGUGUGUGUGUGUGUGUGUGUGUGUGUGUGUGUGUGUAUAUAGUAGAUUCCUUUUAAUACUGGAAGCAGGGAAAGGCAAAAAGACCCUUUAAUUUUUCUUUUGGUGUGAGAAACUAAGUGAGACCAGAGAGAAACCCAAAUACGGGCUGGGAACUUCUCAUACUUUCAGUGUGAAGCCUUCCCAACUCUGCUACUCGAGUCUAAUGUCCACAAAAGGGACAGUGUAGGGUGAUUUCAGUUAAUACCUUUUUUGAGGGCCCUGGAAUCUGACAGUUGCUUGCCAGUAGAGGGUGCUAGCCCCACAGCACCAGUAUGGACACUGUGUUGCCUCUUUUGUGUUCAUUUACUGAAAUAACUUUAUUUUGUGUGCCUUUGUUCCGUGGCUGAUAUGCUUUCAUUUUCCCCCCCAUGGUAUCCCCUUGCCCUCCCUAUACAAUUUGAUGUGGAACCCCUUCAUUCACACUGAAGAACAUUGCUUUGUACUGUUCAGAAAUAAGACCUGUGACUUUUCUGGAAUUUGCUGUUUUAGGGAAGGGAAAAGCACAAAUUGAUUUACAAAUGAAGAAAAUAAAAUUUCACAUCUCCA